CCGCUGAGCAAAUCGCACUCCUCUCCCAUUGGCCAAUAACGAAUUCUCAGAGCCGAGCAGCCAAUCACAACCCAGUGCGUAAAGCGCUGCGUGGAGAAUCGUCACCCUGCUGAAAAAAGAGGAGCCAACGGGAAUCCCAUAAUGCCAGGCGAGGGACCUCCUGUCGGAGAGUGAAGCUCCGCUGGUUUCAAUGAAAGAGGGGGAGAAGAGUAAUGCAGAGGGAUGUAAGAUGGCAGAGCUACAAAUGUUGUUAGAGGAAGAAAUCCCGGCUGGAAAAAGAGCCCUUGUGGAGAGCUACCAAAACCUUUCAAGGGUCGCGGAAUAUUGCGAGAACAAUUAUGUGCAGGCACAAGACAAGAGGAAAGCCCUUGAGGAGACCAAAGCCUACACCACCCAGUCCCUGGCGAGCGUGGCCUAUCAGAUCAAUGCCUUAGCCAACAAUGUGCUGCAGCUGUUGGAUAUUCAGGCUUCACAGCUGCGCAGGAUGGAGUCCUCCAUCAACCACAUCUCUCAGACUGUAGACAUUCAUAAAGAAAAAGUUGCUAGACGAGAGAUCGGGAUCCUCACCACCAACAAAAACACAUCUCGGACCCACAAAAUCAUCGCCCCCGGGAACAUGGAGCGGCCCGUGCGCUACAUCAGGAAGCCCAUAGAUUACACCCUGCUGGAUGACGUGGGUCACGGUGUUAAAUGGCUUAAAGCAAAGCAAGGGAAUAACCAGCCAGCUCGGGGAGGUGGAGGAACAUUAUCCAGGACGAACCCCCCCACACAGAAGCCCCCAAGCCCACCCAUGGCAGGGAGAGGUACCCUGGGACGAAACACACCGUAUAAGACGCUGGAGCCAGUCAAGCCUCCUGUGGUGCCUAAUGACUACAUGACCAGUCCGGCUCGCCUGGGCAGCCAGAACAGCCCUGGACGCACUGCCUCACUCAGUCAGAGACCUCGAACGCACAGUGGCAGUAGUGGGGGCAGCGGCGGUCGAGAGAACAGCAGUAAUAGUAUGGGAAUCCCUCUGGCUGUGCCAACACCUUCCCCUCCCAGUAUGGCACCAGUUCCUCAAGGUCCAGGUUUGGGCCCGAUCCCGAUGUCUCAGUUUGGAACAAUCUCCCGGCAGAUUUCCAGACACAAUUCCUCCAGCACUUCUUCCUCUGCCUCUAUGGUGUCAGCCACCGGCACCUACCGGCGUGCCCCUGCCGGCUCCUCCCAGUUCUCUGUGCCUCAACCCCAUCUGAACGGGGGUCCCACAUAUCCCCAGAACACAAUGUCUAUCGCUCCACCACCUCCUCCCUUGGUGCAGCUGACACCCCAGAUUCCUCUCACUGGCUUUGUGGCCAGAGUUCAGGAGAACAUAACAGACAGCCCCUCUCCCCCCCCUCCUCCGCUACCUGAGGACACGCCCUUGUUUGAGGAAGCAGCUCCGCCUCCUCCACCUCCACCUGCAGAUUAUGAUGAAGAAGAUGCAGCUCUGGUGCACUACAAUGACCCCUAUGCUGAUGGAGACCCUCACUGGGCCCCAAAAUCCUUCUUAGAGAAGGUGGUGGCCAUCUAUGACUACGCGAAGGACAAAGAUGAUGAGCUGUCCUUCAUGGAGGGCGCCAUCAUCUACAUCAUCAAGAAAAAUGAUGAUGGCUGGUUCGAGGGCGUGUGUAACGGUGUCACAGGACUGUUUCCUGGCAACUACGUCGAGUCCAUCAUGCACUACGCUGACUAAAGCUACAUUCCAGAGACCGCGUACAAUGCAGCCAAUCAGUUACAAACAUUGCAAAGUGCAUUAGGAUAUGACUUAAUGUUCGUUUUCGUCCAAUCGCAAAUGUAUCCAAGAAUCUGCAGUGCUGAAGGUUUGAGGAGACAGAAGAAUAUGAAAAGAAACGAGUCUCACUGCUUUCUGGUUAGGUUGACUCAUAUAUUUUGUACAUAUAUUGCAGUGAGACUUUGCCCUAGUGUUUGUUUUUGUGCGUGUUUUGUCAUCGUAUAGUGUUUGCCAAGUGUCAGCUAGGGCUAGUUAAUUUAGUUUUUUAUUUUUAUUUUAUUUUUCUAAACUGUCAUGCUCUUCCCUAACGUGAGGAAGAAAUCUUUGAAUGUCAUUCCUGGAAAAAUAAUUAGGCAACAAUAUAAAAAAGACAAUUACAUCUUUAGCUAUGUUUUGCAUUCAGGUUUAGCUUAUGUUUACUCAUACUGAUCAUAUUACCUCACGACUGAAAGGUGAGGGAAAAGACCGAUGCAGUAAUGUGCAGCGAUUCUCCUGCAUAUCCAGUGUUGCCAAGUCCGUGGUUUUCCUGCGGAAUUGAGCUUCUUUAACACUGUUGCCGCGGGUUGUUUUUCAUCCCCGCGGAUUUAAGCG